AUGACAACUACGAGAACGACGAUGAAGGCUGCGCCUGUGGGAGCUUCACCAAAGACCGCCGGCAAAGGCAAGAUGAGUUUGACGCGUCAAAGUGCGUCUAACGACAGCGACGAACGAUGGAGCGAUACUGAGAACAAGCCGCCUGGGGGCGCGGUGACCCGGUUGCACAAGGAUGGAGACGCGCCAGCUUGA